AUGCAAAUGGAAUCAUGGCGUCAACGAGGAUAUGUCCCCGAUUCGGACGAGGAAGAUGGCUUCGACUCGUUAGAGGCGAAGAAGAUCAAUUGCAAUAAUAGUCCUGAGCCUGGAAGUCUCGAGUAUAUCGAUCUUCCGUCGUCUUCGUUGAAGGAAGGGUCGAGCAGUCAACCGAAGGGACAACGAGACCACAGGACCGAGAAUGGCUCGAUUACGCUCUCGGAUACGGAGGAUGCUCCUAUUCGGACGCCCAACAGGAUAACUCUAGAAGUCCAGAUCCCAAGCAAGCCCAGAACUGAGCAGGGUCCUGCACAGAAGCGACAAUCUUUUGAGAAGACCGUGAAUGGGACUUAUAUACACUCGACGAAUACUCAAAAUGAAACAACGACCCCAGAGCAACGAAGAGGACGUAGGACUUAUGGAACUCGAUCGUCCGCUACGAAAAUAAGGAACCGUCAGAGCAGCGAGCUUCCGAGCACCAAUACCCCGGCCAAGACUACGGACAGCAUAUAUGACAUUCCGUUGUCAUCGCAAGAGCAGGAAAGUCCUCGACCAAAACCUUCAAGUCACAAGUCUAUACCGAAAACCCCAAUGGUUAAGCUGCAAUCAGAAUCGCAAGUUAUACCAGAGCCACAGACCCCAUUGAUUGGGACACAAGGUGAAGGGUCAAACACGCGGAACUCCUCGCCGGACGAGUUGAUGUUGAUUCCCGAAAGGACUCGACAGAAAUCACAUGUCGUGAAAUAUGUUCAGCCAGUAGAUGAGCCGCCUCUACCUCCGCCACCCCAGGUAAUCUCGGAUGAUGACUCUCCAUUAUCUUCCGCACCGUCGUCAAUUGGGUCUCCACCAUUCAACGAAGACCGGGUGAACCAUGCCAAUGGCGACAAAGAGACAGAGCCAGGAUUCCCUGGAGAUGGACAGGUAGCCUCACGCGAAGGAAUACUGUCCCAACUAAAUGCAAAUGCAAAAGACGUAUUACCUGAUAUUGACAUCCCCGAAGAAGUAUUGCGGGAACUGCCUCAAGGAGCACAGAGGAGAUUUCGAAAACGCACAACAAUUCAAUUACAACCAUACGCUCUGGACCUAGUCCAAUGGCAAGAGAAUCAGAAAAGAAUGGGCCUGCCCAUUCAUCGACGAGGCCACCGAGGGGCCGAAGAAAGCCAAGAACAGGAUUCAUAUGAACCUGCCUUACGUUCAUCGAGCCCUCCGGCGGAAGAAUAUCUUCCACCGGUCAGGCACGAUCGCCCUAGACAUGACCGUGAACGAGAUGGCCACGAACACGCUCCACCAGGGCAGGCUCGCGUGGUGAAGCGACGAAAAACAUCGCACGCAACACCCAAGGGAAGUCGACAAUUGCACAGACAGAUCAAACCCCGUGGGAUCAGAGAUGAUUAUUCAGCUGCUGGAAACCAGAAUGGACUCUCCAUAUUCGAUUUGACAUCAAGUCCUCCACACACGGGUCGUUUGUCCUCAACGUCAAGAACCCCACGCGCCUCGGAAGGAGGAUUUCGAUUUCCCCGUGGCUGGUCGCCGCCGGGAGGAGUCGCAGAAUCUGAAACCCGGGAAACGGAAGAAGCAGAGAGCGAAUCAAUGGGCAUUGCCGCAGAUUAUGAUGAUGAUGAUGGUGGUAUACAGUCAAUUCCGUCGGACAGUGAGCAGAGUGAUGAGCAAGAAGACGAUUCAGAUGCCGAAGCACGUGAAAUUCGACGAGCGCAGCGCCAAAUUCGCGGAGUGCUCCCGGCAUCACAUAUGCGAAUCGAACAGAAGAAGCUUGCAGACCAACAAAAACUUGUUCAACGGGAGAAAGAUCGACAAGCUGCGCUGCACCGUCCGGAUGGAAAAGGAGUUGCGCGGAAGCUCGUCCGAAGAGGUGAUCGCUCAACACAACCAGCAACACAGCAGUCAAGAGGCUUGUUUGACCUUGGGGAUUCAGAUGAUGACGAUGACGACGACGGCAAUGACAAUGCCAGCAAUGCCCCUGUCUCAAGUAAUACCAACCGAGGGGUAACUAGCCGCUUUGACUCGCAAGAUCCCUUUGCGACUGAUGGUGAUAUCCUCGAAGACAAUCGAAUCGACUACAUGUUUGCGCCGGUUGUGCGCAAGGCCACUGGUCCUCGACACAAGACAAAUAUUCUAAAGAGACCAAAAUCAAAAGGCAGUGCAUCUACUGGGGAAAGACAUGCCAAGAGGCCUCGACAGACCCGCAUGACUGAUGCUUCGUAUGGAGGACGGAGAACGAAGAAAUCCUCAACUGUCCAACGUCCAAGGAUAGGCAUCUUAGAUGCGCCAGAUGUCUCUACAAAGUCUCAGAAUGAGCAACCGCGCUUCCUCAGGAUUGCUGCAAGACAAGCUCACUCGCGCCGAGAUGCUGGCAGGAGAAGCCCUACUCAGAAGUUUUUGAAACUUGCGUCUAGGGGCGACACAGAGGAUGCAAAUGAGUCUUUGCGGGAUUGGAGACGGGGCGUGAUUCGGCAGACUAAAGUAAGUCCACCUCGGCCUAGAGCUCGCCGUCACCAGCCUACGAAGACUCAAUCACUUUCUGGUUCUCGAGCUCCGCCAGCUCCACGGGUUGCGUCAAAUUCAAGACAUCCGCAGAUAUACAGCCAGGCAUUCCAGGAACAAGCCGAUCUCUUCGUGCCAGAUGCUCCUACGCCGGAACCAGAAGAAUACCCGUCUCAUUCUGGUGCUGUGCCGCUCGCGGAGCCAGUUCCAGUGACAUUGCGGGUGCCCUCGAUCCAAACCCCACAAGCCGAACCCUCUCGUCGACAACCAGAGAAGCAAGGCCACACAUGGGUCGUUCCUAGAAAUCGUGCAAUAACAUCAUUCACGAGGAACGCCCUUCGGCCUGCUGAAGCUAGCGCUGCAGCGCCAAUAAGAGGCCAGAAGGCAACUCCAGCCAUUUUCAAAAAUUCCUUGUCUACGAUCAACCGCCACUAUCGCAACCAACGCACAUCCCAGAACCCCAGGCCUAGUUUGACUCUAGAUCGUUAUCUCUCCGACAAUAGGUCGACUAGUACUGAAGCCAAUCCCUCGCUUAAACAACCCACGCCCAAUGCUGCAGCCCGACCAGACAACCGAGCAUCAAAUCAAAAUCAUCCCCAGCCCCGACGGCGGUUGAAGAAACGUACUCCAAACCGAAUCAACCUUAAUACCGAGCAGUACCAGCAAAAUCCAGAUCCUGCCGCGAUAAUCUCUGAUGACUCGGAGGCCCCUGCCAUAAAACAUGUCGCAAAAGCACGCCCUUCAUCUUUUACUGUCGGCGGCCUAUUCAACUUCCAACGUUUCUACCCAGUCGAAUUUGGCGUAACCUCCUUGCAUGACAAUACUUUUUUUCACGAGUCCACGUUCAUAGGAAGCGGAGAGUUCUCUCGUUCAUUGCAUGUUGCAAAACGUAACUUGGACCGGCAAGGUAAUUCAUUCUCUAUCCAGGUUGAGGAUGAAACUUUCAGCUGGGGAAGCUGGAACGAUACAGUGUCCUCUGAGAUGGGCCAAGUCUUCGAUGUAAUCGUCGAUAACGUUGAACGAAGUGCUACUACCUCCCCGGAGAUGGGCAUUACGCCUACUCUAGGAGUUGCAUCUAAUUUAUACAGGCUGUUGAUAAAGUACAUCACAGAAAGCCUGGUAUUCAUUGACCCGGUUGACCGCACAGGUUUCGUCACCCGUGCCGCCGGACUAGUCUCUCAGGUGAGAGAUCCUCUGACUGCAUUCCUGAGCAGUGAUGAAUACAACAAGACCGGGCUAGUCAAAAUUGCAUGCUUUGAUAUGGUGCUAUCAAACCAAAUUCGUCAAGUGGCUUCUCAUCCGCUUGUCAGCCCUGUUCUUGCCUCCGAAGCAUUGGACCUCGUCAAAAUAUCUGCCAAAGAUGUCGCAGGGCUGCUUGCAUCUAAAGCUAGCUCUUCGGAGUUCAAAGCGCUAUACAAAGACAAUAGCGAACUUGAACGCCGCGAGUCAGGAAUUCGAGAUGAUCAUCCAUCAGUGGAGGCUUAUGUCGUUAUCACGCAUAUUUUGCAUAACUCGGAUCAUUACAAGGGUUACUUUGAAGAACUUCAAUUCGAGACUUGCAACAGUGCUAUUGUCCAAAAUGAGAGAGAUGUUAGCAGUCUGGAAGCUGGAUGGCGUGGACUCUUCACAGUCUUGCCUUUGAAUGAAGUAGAUCAACUUGGGAUAGCACGCCCUGGUUAUCGUUUCAAAGCUGUCAAUGACAACUGGAGACUGGCGAAACGGCUUCUAGCUGCUGCCCUGGAUCACUUUGAUGCCAAUUCUAUGACGCAGCCCAUUUCAUAUAACAACUACUGCCGGGUUCUGUUCCAACGGUGUCAUCGCCUCAUUAAUUCUUGGGGAUGGCGAGAAUGCAAACCUGUCUUGGACGCACUGUUCGAUUUCUUCGCCAAAAAUACCCUGCACAACUUGAAACUAGAAGAAGCUAGCGGCUCACCAGCAUUUCUCGACGAACUUGAUGGUAAUCCUUCUCUGGAUGCUCGUCCGGGGGAACCGUGCUUCCAUACUUUCCUCAAGAUUGUAGCAAGUGGUCUUCGAUUCCUCACGAAAAGGUACGACAAGAAGAAGAUUCGAAAUUUCGCCUGGCGCCUUUUGCCAAACCAUGGUCGUGUGUAUCCCAAAGAGCAGCAAUUAAGACGGGAGGACCUUGAAGCUCUGCGAAAUCACCACGACCUGCUUAGCACCUUGUACUGGGCCGUUCCUGAUGGUUGCCGUCCUCGACUCGAGACAAUACGAAAUCUAGUCCAUCCUGCCACUUCGCACCGUGAAGCAUGCAGCAUCAGCCUACGCUCCUGGUCGAGGCUUGUCCGGUUCAAACUUUCCACAGACGAAGAUGUUUCGGGACUAGAUCCCUUUGGAGACUGGUAUGGCUUCUUUGUAACGGAGCUGCAUCAACAACAUUCAUACGCUCGCAAAGAAAUCGAGUCUCAAAAUACAGGCGACAACCGAGUCUCCCAGCAACUUGUUGAACGCACGAUCUCCCAGAACCAGAGGCAGAUCGAGGAGUUGUUGAGCUCUGCGCUUGCUGGGCUGCGGACUGCCGUGCAAGUCGCUCCCAAAUUGGAACAUUCGUAUAGAUUAGUUGCGAAGACUCCUUUCGAGUCAAUCAUUUCACUCUUCAACCCCAAGCUUCCGCGUGUCAAUUCUGUUGUAUCUGAGGCACUGCAGGUGGUGAUCGUCUACACGCAGAAAGAUGUCACAGCUACAUCAGCAGAAGUCCCUGUGGCGGUGACCGCCGAUGAAGACAGCCAGGAGUUCGGUGACUGGGAUGCCAUUGAGGCGGUUUGGGACGCGCAAACUCCACCCAGUGAAGGUGUCCAACAUAUCGCGAACGUUCUUCAUCCGAUUGUUUCCCGCCUUGUGUCGAAUUGCUUCGGUGAGGACCAUUGCCCAGCAGAUGCAAUGCUUCUCAUCGUGUUGGAAUGCUGGACUUCGGUCGCCUGUGUUCUCGUACGCCAUGGACUUCGGAGUUGGGAUAAUUACUUGAGUGAAUACGGCGAUGAUUCAUGGACGCGUCUUCGAAGGACUGUUCAAACACGGAAGUUCGCUCCACUCUUCGUCGCCUUAUGUCUUGAAAAAGAUGCGUGCAUUCUUUCUGACUGUCGGGUCGAGGUUAUCAGCUUGUGGAUGUCAUCGCUGGUUGAGCGCUCUUCGAUGCUGAAGUUUCAACAUCGUCUUUCUGAUGCUCUUAUGAACGCAAGUUCCCAGGAUCCCUUGCUUCACAAUCUUCCUUUCUUCAAGGAUAAGAAGACUGGCCGGUAUACGAUCACUUUAGAGGAAAUCAAUUCUCGGCGAAUAUCUCUUCUCUCCAGUCUAUUCUCCAAUAUGCGCCAACAAUUACAGGACAUGGAGCUUUCAAGCAAUCCAAAAUUCUCCGCGACAAAGCAAGAGUACUCUGAGAUAGUUCAGCGGGUGAUGACUUCCAUGAAAGACAACUACCAAGAGCUCGGGAAUGGAACGGCACAAGCUGUUCAAGGAACCUACGUCAAAUUCGUGCAUAACGUUAUUGGUUUCCUUCAGCAACAUACCAGCGACAUGAAACCCAUCGACCCAUUCUUUACAGAUCCCGCUUCAUUCCCCUUACCAUCUCAUGACCCACGCUACAUUGUUGCGAAACUGAAACGAUAUGAACCCAAGCUGUUCUCCAGCAAAGAAAUUUUGACCCUUAACGGGUUCAUCCAGAGCCUCUCCGAGCGUGCCGCAAUUGACUGUCAACAGACUUACCUGGUUGACCAGCUCCACACCUCGAUGAAAGAUACUUAUGAGGCUGGAAACCCCGAAAAGCCCACUCUUCGCACCGUUCUGUUGCAGUGUGUAUUCCCAGCUUAUCUCGAAGCAGCACUUGAGAAUCGCGCCGCCUGGAUUCUCGCUCAUCCCAUCAUCCAGACCAUCACGCUGGAAUUCCAGAACUUGCUUCGCAGCAUAGACACUUUCGAUCCAGCUUGCGUGUCGUCUGUCAUUGAGAUGAUCGACAUUGUAUGUCGGGCGUCCUGUCAAGCACUGAGCAUCGUCACAUCUCGUCGUCACCGUCUACAGAGUCCUGCGACUUUGUCUAUGAUCGGUGCCUUUGUCGAGAUGGUAUCCUCCGUUCUGCCUAUAGUCGACUACAUUGACCGCGUUACUGACACAUGCGAGGGUCUUUUCGUGCACAUCAAGUGGAUCCACAGCUUCAUCAAGGCUGCGACUGAAUGUCUGCAGUCUGCGGACCUAGAUGCGGACUCGCUCUCGGUCAGUGUCUACGUCACAUUCCCCGGUCAGCCGGCCUCGGCAGAUAGCAGGAAAAUUCAGCUCUUUGACACAGCCCACCACCUCGCCUCGACAGAUCUCCAAGCAUAUCUCAGCAAAUGGUCAUAUCACCAAGACAAGUAUUACUUUACGCGUCCUGGUCACGAGUCGCAGGAAAUCACUAUCGAGCCUCGAAUUGCCGUUGUCAUGGCUAGCCAAAAUGAAGCAAGGAAAGCAUACGAAGAAGCAGCGAGAGGAUUUAAUAGUCGUGUAGUGAGUUUGGAGUUGUUCUGA